GAGGACUAUGCCAAGGCAGAGGCUGAUGCAUCUAAAGCCAUUGAAGCCGAUGGCCGGGACAUGAAGGCACUGUUCCGCCGGAGCCAGGCGCUGCAGAAGCUGGGCCGCCUGGACCAGGCUGUCAGUGACCUGCAGCGGUGCGUGAGCCUGGAGCCCAAGAACAAGGCCUUCCAGGAGGCCCUACGCUCCCUGGGGAGCAGCAUGCACGAGAAGAUGAAGACCAUGUCCUGCACGGACUCGAAGGUAGAGCAGAUGUUCCAGAUCUUGCUGGAUCCUGAAGAAAAGGAUGCGGACAAGAAGCAAAAGGCUGCACAGAACCUGAUAGUGCUGGCGCGAGAGGAGGCCGGAGCAGAGAAGAUCUUCCAAAGCGAUGGUGUGCGGCUGCUGACGCAGCUGCUCGACACGGCCAAGGCUGACCUGAUGCUGGCGGCCCUGCGCACCCUCGUGGGGCUGUGCUCCGGGCACCGCUCCCGGACCAUGGCCAUCCUAGCGGAGCUGGGGGCCCCUCGUCUCUCAGCGGUGCUGGGUGUGGAGCACGAGCAGGUUUCCCUGGCUGCUUGCAACCUUCUGCACGUGAUGUUCGAUUCCCUGAAGGAGGGGCUGCAGAAGGACUUCCGUGGCAAGGAGGAUGCGGUGGUGCUGGAUUCCUCCAAGGACCUGAAACUGCUGAUCAAGCACCUCCUGGAGCUGCUAGCGCUGGAAGGGGCCUCUGCGCAUGGCCGUGACAACGCCCUCAACCUGCUCAUCAAAGUGGUGCCCAGGAAGUCACCGAAGGAGACCAAUAACAGCAUGAGCCUCUGGGUGAUCGACCAGGGCCUGAAGAAGAUCCUGGAGGUGGGAAGCACAGUGUGCGGUGCCCCGGGCAGCCUGCCCGUGACGGAGAACAGCCGGAUGAGCGCCUCAGUUCUGCUGAGCAAACUUUAUGAUGACCUGAAAUGUGAUGCUGAGAGGGAAAACUUCCACCACUUGUGCGAGGACUACGUGAGGAGCUGGUUCGAGGGGCACGAGCUGGCUGGGAAGCUGCGGGCCAUCCAGACGGUGUCGUGCCUGCUGCAGGGCCCCUCGGAUGCUGGGAACAGGGUGCUGGAGCUGGAGGGGAUCAUGGACAGCGUGCUGUCCCUCUGCGCCUCCGUCUGUGAGGCGCACCAGCUGGUAGCGGUGGAGGCACUGAUCCACGCUGCUGACAAGGCCAAGCGCGCCUCCUUCAUCACAGCCAACGGUGUCAGCCUGCUCAAGGAGAUCUACAAGCACAGCGAGAGGGACAGCAUCCGCAUCCGGGCGCUGGUGGGGCUCUGCAAGCUGGGAUCCGCCGGAGGCACCGACUUCAGCAUGAAGCAGUUUGCUGAGGGCUCCACGAUGAAAUUGGCCAAGCAGUGCCGCAAGUGGCUCUGCAAUGAGACAAUCGAUGCGGGCACGCGGCGCUGGGCGGUGGAGGGCCUGGCCUACCUCACCUUCGAUGCGGAUGUCAAGGAGGAGUUUGUGGAGGACAAGGCAGCGAUGCAGGCCAUGUUCCACUUAGCCAAGUCGGAGGACAGGAGUGUGCUCUACGCUGUCGCCUCCACACUAGUGAACUGCACCAACAGCUAUGACCACGAGGAGCCGGACCCCCAGAUGCUGGAGCUGGCCAAGUACGCCAAGCAGCACAUUCCGGAGCAGCACCCCAAGGAGCAGAAAGAGGGUGUCCGGGAGUCUGGUACAGCCUGGUACACACUGCAGGUGUCUGGAUGCUGUUGGGACCCAGUGUGGCAGGUCCCUGACGCCAGCUGCUCCUGCUUUGUCCCCAGGGUGUUCCUAGCACUGGUGGAGGAGGCGGAGGACCGGGGCGGUGUGGUUGCGCAGGGAGGAGGCAAGGCUCUCAUCCCACUAUCCCUGGAGGGCACCGAGGUGGGGCAGACCAAGGCAGCUCAGGCCCUGGCAAAGAUCACCAUCACCUCCAACCCGGAGAUGGCCUUCCCCGGAGAGCGG